AUGAAUCUGAAAAUCCUAGCCACACUCUUCGAAUCCACAGCUGCAGCUGUCGGCGCCUUCCUUAUGGUGAUGCUCGGCCUAAUCGUCUGCCUCGUCCGUAACAAGUCCAAGCUGGCGACCCGAAGCAGAAGAGUCGCCCGUCGAAACCCACACGAGACCUCUGGCAUCACAAUCCCGAUCUACCCCUACACGGAGAUCGAGAAAGCAACCGACUUCUUCUCCGAGAAAAGGAGGCUCGGGUGCGGGGGCUAUGGCACCGUCUACUCGGGAAGAAUCAACGACGAGUGGGUCGCGGUCAAACGGAUCCAACGGAGGGACCCAUCUUGCACAGAGCAAGUCCUCAACGAGAUUCGUUUGAUCUCGUCCGUGAGCCACCCGAACCUCGUUCGUCUCCUCGGAUGCUCCCUCGACCGGGACGACGAGCACGCCCUCGUCUACGAGUUCAUGUCCAAUGGGACCCUCGCCGAGCACCUCCGGGCCGGGUCAGACCGGGCCCCGCUCCCGUGGCCCGUCCGCCUCACCAUCGCGGCCGAGACGGCCUCCGCCGUGGCUCAUCUCCACGGCGCAGGCCCGAGGCCCAUCUACCACCGGGACAUCAAGUCGAGCAACAUACUCCUCGACGCGCGGUUCGGUUCCAAGGUGGCCGACUUCGGGCUCUCGAGGCCCGGGCCCGGCGAGUUUUCGUCAUCCCACGUGUCGACCACGCCGCAGGGGACACCAGGCUACGUGGACCCGCAGUACCACACGAGCUUCCGGAUGUCGGAUAGGAGCGACGUGUAUAGCUUCGGGGUGGUCCUAGCGGAGAUUAUCACGGGGAUGCAGGCGGUCGACCUCGAUCGACCGAUGGAGGAGGCGAAUUUGGCGACACUAGCGGCCGACAAGAUCGGGAAGGGGCGGUUAGACGUGAUCUUGGACCCGACGCUCAAGGAGGAGAUGUCGGCGGCGGAGGACGGUGGUGCGUGGGCCCGGGAGUCGAUGCGUCGGGUGGCGGAGCUCGCGUUUCGGUGCUUGGCGUGGAACGGGGAGGCAAGGCCACCGAUGGGUGAGGUGGCGAAGGAGCUCGAGGGGAUUAGGGUAAGUAGGUGGAUCGCUUCCCAUGCAAUCCCCACACCAACGGCCCGUCUCUCGUUGUCUUCGGAUACAAGCGAGCGACCGUUGAACUCGACGGCGGGAGACGAGGAUGGUGGAGCGGAUUUUCCUCCGCCCACCCGCUAUUCACCUCCUCGACUUCACACUGUCAGCAAUCGUUAUGGAAAUCAUACUGGCAUGGUUAGACAGCUGCCCAGAUUCAAAACUGAGCUGAAAUCUCUUGCCCCAUUUGCUAGAAAUGGAGUUGCUUUACGUGUGGGUUCGCAUAAGAAACUCGGUUUUCGGGUUGAUGCGAGUAAAUGGCCGGAGCCAUUUAAGGGAAAACCGGGAUAUGUUUCCUUUGGUGGCCUGAGCCACCGGUCGAUUGAGGAAAGCAGAUUGGUGUCGGCACCUUUCAAAGAAGAGAAUGGCUCAUUUCUGUGGGUUUUGGCCCCUGCUGUCUUAAUCUCAGCCUUAAUUGUUCCUCAGUUUUUCAUGUUCACUGCUAUUGAGAAUGCUUUCAGGAAUGAGGUUUUUGCAGAAAUCCUCUCAAUUUUUUCAUGUGAGGCAAUGUUUUAUGCUGGAGUUGCUGUGUUUCUGUUCAUUACCGAGCGUGUCCAAAAACCUUAUCUUGAGUUCAGCCCAAGGAGAUGGAAUCUUAUCACGGGCCUUAGAGGAUAUUUGAUAUCCUCUGUCUUCAUAAUGGGCCUCAAGGUUUUCGCCCCGAUAUUGGCUGUUUAUGUCACCUGGCCCGUGCUCGGGUUCCCUGCACUUGUUUCAGUUGCUCCUUUCUUGACCAGCUGUUUAGCUCAAUAUUUAUUCGAGAAACAUCUCAAGAGGAACGGGUCAUCCUGUUGGCCCAUUUUGCCGAUUGUCUUUGAGAAUGCUUAG